UCCCAGGCAGUUGAGGUCCUUGGCAAGUGCUGUGUGAGUCCUGUGUGUCACAGGAAGCUCCCCACUCCGAUCUGGUGACCAAAAGCCUGUCUGCAAGUAGUGGGUCUUUCCUCCUCCACCCAGACCUCACUGCUCACGUCCCCCUCGUCAACUGGGACACCCUCCGACAUGGCCCGGAUGCUGUUGCUCAUCUUUAUCAUGGUCCAGCCAGGAUCCUGUGCUCUCUGGGUGGCCCAGCCCCCUGAGAUUCGUACCCAAGAGGGCACCACUGCCUUCCUGCCCUGCUCCUUUAAUGCAAGCCAAGGGAGACCAGCCAUUGGCUCCGUCACGUGGUACCGGGACAAGGUGGCCCCGGGGAAGGAGGUGAAGAAUGGGACCCCAGACUUCAGGGGCCGCUUGGCCUCUCUUGCCUCUUCCCGCUUCCUCUGUGACCACCAGGCUGAGCUGCACAUCUGGGACAUCCGAGGCCGUGAUGCUGGCGUCUACGUGUGCAGGGUGGAAGUGCUGGGCCUGGGUGUCGGGACAGGGAAUGGGACUCUGCUGGUGGUGGAGAAAGGACCUCCUUGGCUAGGGGCCAACACCAUCCUCCUCCUUCGGGCUGCAUUUUAUGCCUUCAGCUUUCUCUCUGUGGCCAUGGGCAGCACCAUCUAUUACCAAGGCAAAUGCCACUGUCACAUGGGAACACACUGCCACUCCUUGGAUGGCCUCUGAUGAAUGAUUCCAGACUCCAGUGAUCCCAACUCUCUUCAAGAGACCCCAAUAAAUCCC